GCUAACAAUAUUUCGUUGUUAUCAAUGGUAGCUAAUUCAAAACUGCGUAUCGGUACACAUGAUGGACGAUUCCAUGCAGAUGAAAUACUUGCAUGUGCAAUGCUUAAACAUUUACCGGAAUACUCAAAUGCUGAAAUUAUACGCACAAGAGAUUCAAGUAUUUUGUCAACAUGUGAUAUCGUCGUUGACGUUGGCGGUGUAUUCAAUGCUGAAAAUCAUCUAUACGACCAUCAUCAAAGAGAAUUCAACCUUACUUAUAAAGAUUUUUAUCCGAAUUCUGAUUGGGAUAUAAAAUUAAGUAGUGCAGGUUUGAUAUACGUUCAUUUCGGUCGAAAAAUACUAAGUUGUAUACUUGGUAUAGAUGAAAAUACUAUGGAUCCAUUAGUGACGGCACUUUUUGAUAAGAUGUAUAGUUCAUUUAUUGUUGAGAUAGACGCUAUCGAUAAUGGUGUUCCGAUGGCAAUAACACCUUUAAGAUAUUCUAUGAAUACAUCUUUAAGUAGUCGAGUGAAUCGUAUGAAUCCAGCUUGGAAUCAAUUGGAUACAGAUGAAACUAUUUGUUUUCAUAAUGCAUUACAAUUAGUUGAUAAAGAAUUUAUUACAUUAGUUCAUUUCUAUGCUGAUACAUGGUAUCCAGCUCGUGAAAUUGUAUUAAAUGCUGUGAAAAAUCGAUAUUCCAUUGAUUCAUCUGGUACAAUAAUUUAUAUUGAAGGUACUGGAUGUCCUUGGAAUGCACAUUUUUUUGAAAUUGAAAAAUCUUUAUUAUUAAAUAAUGUAAAUGUAAAUGAAAUUGAAAAACACAAUCAAAUUCUAUUUGUUAUUUAUCAACGUAAAGAUAGUACAUGGACUAUACAAGCUAUACCAUUGAAUGAGCAUAAUAAUUUUUCACAAAGACUUCCUCUACCUGAAAGUUGGAGAGGUUUACGUGAUGAACAGUUAAGUAGUAUUGUUGGGCUGCCUGAUUGUAUAUUUGUACAUUCUACUGGGUUCUUAGGUGUACAUAAAACUCGUGACGGUGUUCUACAAAUGGCAAGAUUAACCAUAAAAAUGAAAGAAAAUCAGUAACUUCUGUUCUCUUUUAUCAUCAUCUAUUUUUAUCCUGGUUCCUAAAGCUAAAAAAUACACGUAUAUGCUUUUUG